CCGACUAUCUUUUUAUCUGGUCGUCGUCGCGGUGCAUCAACUUUAGGUAGAGAAACAGCAGCGAUGCAACUUGAAGAACGUAGAGUUGAUUGGGGGUAUUUAAAACCUGUUGUUGCAAUUGAUAUUAUUUGGAGCUUAGCUUUUAAAAUUGUUUCUACUGGUCUUCCGAUUGAUGUCGAUGAUAGUGAGGAGGAAGAAAGAGGAGGGGAUUCAAAUUCUGGGAGUCGUUCUCAGUUGUCAUGGUUAUCAAAUGAAAUCUGUGUUAGGAAUUUCAGUAGUUAUCUGUUUGUUUACAGAAUACCGAGGCAGAAACAUGGAAUCAUUGAAAGCAUAGGAUAUUUAGAAACAGGACACACAUUAUCACUUGAACACGGUUUUUUGACUCGUUACUUUGAUGUUGGUAAGCGAUGUGAAUUCCUCGGUACAAUAGCAUCCUCUAUGUGGUGGAUAACAGGACUCUACCGGGUUGUCUCUGGUGGUGAAGUCCUCUUGCAGAAUGCUCCGCGUCUAUAUUGGUUGACUGUAGUUUUUCUGGCACUUGAUGUAUGUUUUGCCAUCUCUUGUGUUGCUUUGGCAUGUGUCAUUGGGAUCGCACUUCACUGCUGUUUACCUUGCAUCAUUGAAUUUCUUUAUGGUGAGGUAGCAGGAAGAGGUGCAUCAGAAGCAGAUCUCAGUAUGCUUCCAAGAUAUAGAUUCCAGAUCAGUGAUAGCGAGGAGAAACCUAGCACAGGAGGAGGGAAAAUGGUUCUUCUAGCAAUGAAUGUUGGAGAAUUGGCAGAUGAACGUGUUCUUUCACGAUGCGCAAUGCUAUAUGCCUCACUUCAAAUGAUGAUGGAGCUGAAAUUCAUGGCCUGCCAUGCAAUCAUCAGUUUCAUGAAAUAUGCAUCGCGAAAUGGUUUAAGAUCAAUACCUCGUGCCCCCUCGCAAGUUCAAUGUCUUAAAGGGAAGCAAUAAACAAGUCUGAAAGAUAUUAAUACACCAACAGCAAGACCAGAUUUCGUGUAUAUAAAAAGCGGAAUCACAUAAUUUUGAGCUUUUUCUCAAGUCUUUUCUGCUAUCUGUUGUCUCAUUUCAUAGAGUUGUUUCACUCAGAUUGUUACUUGUAAUAAGUAAUCUUUUGCUUUUUAUGGGUGAAUUUUAGAAUAAAAGACCAUUAUUUAUACUCCCUCAGGUUCAAAAAGAUUCAUGUGUAAUUUGUACACAAGAAUACCUGGGCAAUUUUUUUGAAACGGAGUUAGUAUU